AUGUCCGCCCUGCAGCAGCUCGUGCUGCACCCGUACCUCUCCAAUGUGCUGCGCUUCUGGGCCACGACCGUCGGCCGCGACAAGACGUACCGCGCCGUGCAGUAUGCCGCGCGCUUCCUGGCGUGGUACGAGUACCGCAAGGGCGCCAGCAAGGAGACCGUCGCACGCCUCACGGCGCUCAAGAGCAACCUCGGCCUCAGCCGCAAGCUGAUGCGCGUGGGCAAGUUCCUCGAGCACGCGCAGAGCGCCCUCAAGGCCACCGCCAUCCAGGAUCCCGUCGUGGCGUACACGGCCGUCGGCCGGCAGCUGGGCUACAUGUGCUACCUGACGCUCGACAUGCUGCAGUGGGUGCACGGCUCCAAGGCCUACCAGUUCGCGCCCGACACGGCGGCACGCAUCAGCAAGAACGCGGCGCGCUUCUGGCUCACCGGCCUCUCCUUCUCGCUCGUGUCGAGCGCGUACAAGACGUACGCGCUGCGCACGCGCGCCGCCCACGCCGGCCGGCCGCGCGCCACGGCCGAGAAGGAGGCCGCACGCCGCGCCGAGCUGGCGCAGAUCCGCACCGAGCAGGCCGCCGUGCGCUGGCAGGCCACGCAGGACGCGCUCGACUGGCUCAUCCCCGCCACGGGCGCCGGCGUGCUCGACCUCGACGAGGGCGUGCUGGGUCUGGCCGGUUUCGCGACCAGUCUCAUGGGUGCGCGCAGCCAGUGGCAGGCCGUGCACGGCGCCAAGAAGUGA